AUGAAUAUGUUGAUCGGGAUUUUGGUGCAGGUGGUAAGCGUCGUGUCCGAGAGCGAGCAGCGCACCAUGUCCCUGUCCAACCUUAGGUCCAGGAUGUCCGCGCUGUUCAACAAAUACGGGGUGGAUUCCGACAGCAACAAGUGCAUUUCCAGGGGCGAGUUUGAGAUCUUGCUGACGAUCCCCGAGGCCGUGAAGUGCAUGGCCGAGCUCGGCGUCGACGUGGUCAGCCUCGUCGAUUAUACCGACUUCAUCUUUGAGCACGACAGAGAGCUUUCUUUCCCCGACAUGUUCAAUAUCCUUCAGCAGCUGCGCAGCGGGAACAACGCCACCGUCAGAGACAUCGUCGACCUCAGGCAGUUCGUCAGCCGGGCUGUGUCGAAAACCGCCCGCGGGGUGCUGGCGACUUCCGCCGUCGCCGGGCAGGACGGGCACCUCAGCGCUCUCUCGCCCAGCAUGAGGCACAUCAGGGAGUCCGUGCGGCACACGCUCGCGUCGAAGUGA